CCGGUCAUUAUCCUCCGUCCUCCGCCCCCAUUUCCUCCCCAUUUCCGUACCUCCAUUUUUAUACCUCAAUUCAACUCCAGAAAAUACCCACUACCGGAAAAACUGAAAGCAUGGGGUUUUUGAAAGAUGAAAGAAGUAAGAGAGCUUUGAGAGGAUUCAAAACGGUCUUCUUUUUGGUUACUAUGAUUAUAUCGUUUCUCUUCUUCUCUGCUCCGAUACUAUUCGCCGUCGCCGAUGCUUUACUUCCGACAGCUUUGUUAUCGGCUUCUCUAUCAGCGCCGUCGGAUUCUCCGUUUCCUGAUCCCUCGCCGGCUUUCUCCAUCUUCCAAACCCUAUCUUCUCAUUUGAGCAACUAUGAUUUCCGAUACUCGCUCAUCGAUAUCCCUAUAAUCUCCAUAAUCAGAUCCGCCAUCAUUCUCUGUGUCUAUGGACUAUGCGACGGUCCGGGGCUAUCGAGAGGUCCGUACUUGGGAAUCACGACGGUUUGCUCGGUGUUGUCUUUGUUGUUUGUAUCGGUAAAGGCGGCGUACGUGUUCGGCAACAGUACUAGUGGUUUCACCGCGACGGAGGUGGCGUUGUUUGUGUGUUCGCUGUCGUUGGCCGUCGGUCACAUCGUGGUGGCGUACCGGACUAGUUGCAGAGAACGACGAAAGCUUCUCGUCUACAAAAUCGACAUCGAAGCUGUGUCCACAUUCAAGAAUGGGUUUCCAAGGUACUCAAAGAUUCUUCAAGAUGAAAGGGUCAAAGUGAAACUCCAAAACUAAAUGGGGAAAGCAUAACUGUUCCCAUCUCAUCCCAAAUCUUUUCAAUGGCCAACCCACUGCCCCAUAUCCAAGUUUCAGGUUUUCCGAAGGAGAACCGUUACUUGAUGGCCAAACAUGAAGAGACAAACCAAGAGAGAUCGUUUAUAUACACGCUUACGUUUGGGUACAUAUGUAAACUACUAUGAGUUGUAUUGUGUUUCGCUUAUAGAAGUGGUGGUACAAGUAUCGGGUUUGAUCUGUCUUCCAC